UCCCCGGCGCUGCAGUCUCGCUGCCCUCGCGACCCUGCAAGAUGAUCCUGCUCCUACUCCUUGUUGUCCCCAUUCUCCUGUACAUCGCUGCACCCCAAAUCAGGAAAAUGCUGUCCAACGGGGUGUGUACGUCCACUGUCCAGCUUCCUGGGAAGGUGGUUGUGAUCACUGGAGCCAACACAGGCAUUGGGAAGGAGACAGCAAAGGAGUUAGCUCAGAGAGGAGCUCGUAUAUAUUUAGCUUGUCGGGAUGUGAAAAAGGGGGAAUUGGUGGCCAAAGAGAUCCAGACUGUGACAGGGAACCAACAGGUCUUGGUGCGGAAACUGGACUUGGCUGAUACUAAAUCUAUCCGAGCCUUUGCUAAGAACUUCUUAGCAGAGGAAGAGCAGCUCCACAUUUUGAUCAACAAUGCAGGCGUAAUGAUGUGUCCCUAUUCCAAGACAGCAGACGGCUUUGAAAUGCACAUGGGAGUCAACCACUUGGGUCACUUCCUUCUGACCAAUCUGCUGCUAGACAAGCUGAAGGAAUCUGCCCCAUCAAGGGUAGUGAAUGUGUCAUCCUUAGCACAUCACCUGGGAAGGAUUCAGUUCCACAAUCUGCAGGGUGAGAAGUUCUACAAUGCAGGCCUGGCUUACUGUCACAGCAAGCUGGCCAACAUUCUCUUCACUCAGGAACUGGCCAGGAGGAUAAAAGGCUCCGGCGUCACCGCAUAUUCCGUACACCCUGGCACGGUUAACACCGAAUUAGUUCGACACUCAACUUUCUUGAAGUGGAUGUGGCGGCUUUUCUCCUCCUUUGUCAAGAACCCUCAGCAAGGAGCCCAGACCACCCUGUACUGUGCCUUAACAGAAGGUCUUGAGAGUCUCAAUGGGAAACACUUCAGUGACUGCCAAGUGGCAUGGAUCUCUGCCCAGGGUCGAAAUGAGACAGUCGCACGGCGACUAUGGGACACUAGCUGUGACCUGUUGGACAUCCCUACGCAUUGAUGGGUGGUGGUAUUUGAACCCAAUAGAAGCCUGCAGCAGCAGAUUACUCCUUGCCAAUGUACUUCUCUUUCAGGGUUGCUAAAAUUUUGAGCAUGGACUGAGAGCAGACCUUAUAUCCGUGCCUGCUUAACGUGUGAUAAAAGUCUGGAAUACUGCCAGAUUCGUCUAACAGC